CAAAACUAGCAAGAAUAUAAAUAAGGAAAAAGAUAAUAUAAAAGAAAAGAAAAAAGUUAUUAAAGAGAAUAUUGAUAAGAUGAAUAAAGACAAUAUAAAGGAAGUGAAAAAUGAUAAGGAAGAACAAUAA